AUGUUAGUCCCACCCAGACGCGAACAAGACUGGACGUUCUCCACCGAAACUGGUCACCUCCAGCUCCUCCUCUCCUUUCCCUAUCUUUCCCGCCUCAUUUUAAUCUCCAACAAUGAUAUUAAUAAUCCCUCCCACCCCACCUCCUAUAAAGCUCCACCCUUGUCCGCAACCGCCGAAAACCCACCAACAACAACAAUUGAAGAAAAACUAUUGCCACUGCUAAUGGCUUUGACGCCCAAAUCGGCCUUUGACGAGAGCAAUGGCUCUCUAGAAAUACCCUUCUUGAGUUACGAAGAUGAGGUGAUAAGUAGUCUAGUGUUAGAAAUUUGUGUUGGGCCUUGUGUUGGUGAAAUGCUAAUAGAAAAUGUUGUGCUGGAAUUGGAAAGUAACAAAAAUAACAAGGGUAGGGAGUUUAGGAGAAGGUUGAGGUUUAAGAGGAUGCCGAAUUUAAUUCAAACCCAGGUCAGGAUUCAUCCGAUCAGUGAAUUGGGUGUCGCGGGUGAUGAAUUGGAGGGGGUUGAGUUUACGGUGGAUAAUGGAGUGUUGGCCCAACCUUAUCUGAAUCCAAUGAUGGCAGGUUUUGACGUUGUGGGUGUGGAGGAAGAUGAGGUUGUUUUAAGCGUCGCGAAGAAGUAUUUUGGGUUGAGACAUAGUGAAUCGGUUCAUUUAUGCGUUGGUGAUGGAAUGGAAUUGAUUCAGAGGCUUGCAUUAAAAGGACAGGUUGAUGUUGAUACUAGAGAAAUUAUCUGUCAGCGUGGUGUUCUCAUUAUUAAUGUGAUUCCUGCCAGCAAGUCAUUCUAUGAGAGGGUGGUUACAGAGUUUCAGGAGGUUUUUGAGGAAUUAUAUGAAAUUGACGUUGGAAAUGGGGAGAAUAUGGUUCUUGCUGCCUCGCGGUUGUCGAAAAUUAGGACAGCUUCUAGUGAUUUUGAGAACUCUUUCCACCAGAAGCUAGAAGCGAGUAUCCAGGGAUCUUAUAUGAAUUCUGUCAGGAAAAUCUAA